AUGUUUGAAGAUGUAAAAUCAGAAUCUAUCGAAAGUAAUCAAAAGGUAAUAUAAAAUAAAAUUAGAGAAUGAUGAAUUGAAUUAAGAACUGUAACAAUAUUGGAAAAAAAUUAUUACAAAUUUGGGCGAAAAUUUUUUACAUUUACAAAAAUUUAGCAAAGAAUGUGACUCUCUAGAGAUAAUUUAGUCAUUAAAUUUAUUAGAAUAGGCAAAAAGAGAUCAAAUUUGCAAAUAUGAUUAGAAUGAAAUCUCAUCAUAGUUUGAAUUGUUAAAAUCUUAAUCAAUAAAUAAUAAUUAAGAAAUGUAAUAGCACUUAGAUGGAAUGCUCUAAAUGAUAGAAAAGUAAUAAUAAAUUGAAUAGAAAAACAAUGAAAUGCUUAUUAAACUGAUGAAAACGUAAGUUGAUAACUCGAAGAAAUUAACAGAUUUAUAAAUAGAUUUGUAAAGAGAAAAUACUAAUAAAUAUUCUUCUAACAUUCUUAAUUUAAGGGGAUCUAUGAUUGAUAAGGCCAAAUCAACGAUUCCCUAUUCAGCUUACAAUUCACCAGACAAUAGAGAAAUUAGGUAGCAAAGUAUGUAUAAUAAUUUACUGUCAAAUAUUAAGUUAACCCAUGUUUCUGGAACACAUAAUGAUAAUAAUACUCAUUUAAGAAAAGUUAGUAAAAUAAAUCCUCUUUUUUGA